AAUCAGAAUCGGAAAUAUAAGACAGAAAAAAGUUAGAGGUAUAGCAGCGAGUAGGGAAUGGGAUCAGUGUGUGGACGGGAGAGCUGAUCCGGAGCUACGGUAGUAGGCAAGCGGCGCGCGCAGUAGCUGCACACAUUUGCGACUGCAGACCAGCACUAGCUCACGGUUCCAAAAUGGCAGCGGCUACGGACGAGCUGAGUAAGUUGUGCGCUUGCUUUGAGCAACAAAAAUCGAGGAACGAUCGAUUGUGAAGCGACUGUAAAACUACGAAGGCGUUCAAGCGAUAAGCCGGCCGGUCAAAGACAGAGUCAGUCUCGAGUGCCGCGAAUACAUUUUCAAGUUACUGCUCGAAAUUCGUAUCGCGACUGCCGCCAGUCAUGCGAUCUCAUGCCGUGCGUGCGGCGAUCAGUGUUGUGUGCGCGCAGCCGUAAGCCGGACCGGCGCGAAUGAUUGCUUAUACGCACCCUCGUGUGAUAGUGGCCUAAUGCAUGCCGAUGCCAUGUCCUCGUCCCGUCCCGUCUACUGAAUUAUAGCCAACUGACCAUCGGCUUCUCCUCUCGCCUGCUCUUUAUUUCGCUCAUCACUUCGAACCGAGCGUGCUGCAGAUGCCCAAGACUUGCAAGACUUGGCAGUAGUUUCCCGACGACGAUGCCCUGCUCCGCUUGUUUCGAUUCGCCUCGGGUCAUUGCAAAUUACAGGGCUGCAUUGCGCCCAAUCAGCUAUAUCCCCUUCCCACGUGCGCGCGCGCCGCAACACGUGGUUUUCCGACGAGACCCACCAGGACAACGCAACUGUCAAAACUAAUCUCGCACCCUCCAGUAGUUUUUGCAUCUGCUGUGUCAUCCUGUGUGCUCUCGCGAUUCAAGUAUAGCCUAGCUCCUCGAAUAUGGUGACCUCGCCGAUGGAUAUUAAAAGUUCGUUCCGCUCUAACGAUUAUUAUAACCACUACUUGGCUAGUGCCAAGUAUUGAUGCAGUCAUAAUACUUAAUUCGCUAAUUGCAAACUGUCUAAUUUUUUAUAUUUUGAUUAGUUUGCUUACUAUAACGAUUUGACAUAGUACGAACAUCCGAUAUAUUUAAUAUUAUUUUGCUUCGAUUAUCUACUCCGAAAUAUUCUUCUCUAAUCUAAACUCAACAACAUAGUUUUACUAGAGCGUGUAUUUUUACGCCUGGGCUCAGCAGAAACUGACGAGCAGUUGCAAUCAUCAAUAUGCAAAUUUUUACCUCCAGUACUGCUAAAGCUUUCAAGUUCACAAGAAGGUGUAAGAAAAAAAGUUAUGGAACUACUAAUACAUAUAAAUAGAAGGAUAAAAAGUAGACCACAAGUGCAACUUCCUGUAGAAGCUUUAUUACUGCAGUAUCAAGAUCCUGCAGCUAGUUCUUUUGUGAUUAAUUUUACAAUAAUAUACAUUAAAUUGGGAUAUCCUCGCAUGGAAAUGAGUAAACAAGCAGAGUUGAUACCCACUGUGUUAAAUGCUAUUCAAGGAAAACCUUUGUCACAUCAGGAUAGCUUGUUGUUGAUAAUCAUGCCAGCGUUAGCUCAUGUGAAUAUACCAAUGGAUCCAGAAAAAAGAGCUUCGCUUCUUGGAUUACAAGAUGAGCCUCAAACAGCAAAGCAAUUGCUCAAUUUUAUGCUGGACAUGCUUCUAUUGCCAUAUGGAGCUAUAGGACAAAAUGAAAAUUCACAAGCUGGGCACCCAAUUGACUGGUCACAAUUUCCUGUUCCUCCAGGCUUGAGUGAAUAUGCAUUUAAGCGUGUAAUUGGUGAAACUCCUCCUUUGGCAGAGCAACUUGAACAAACAAAAUUAGGGAUUAUUAAAUUCUUAGCUGGAGGAUUUUUCCCUGAUUCAGAAGUUCUUAUUCAUUUAAUUGUUGCUGCUGCUGACACGAGAUUUAGUGUUGCCAAUUUAGCAGAUUUAGAAUUGAAAAAAAUGGUCAAUACAUUAGACUGGUCAUCAAUGCAGUUAGCUGCACCACUUUAUUCAUUAUUUUUGGGGACUGAUGCAGUGGCUGCUCAGAAAGAAGUUAAACCAGAUAUAAAGCGUACUCCUGCCAGUAUUAGAAUACGACUGAAAUUACUGUACUAUUUAUGUAGAGUAACCAAAGCUGGCUUUAUAAUUCCACCAUGUAUUCAAGUUAUUUUUGAAUCACUGUAUGGGGCUAGCAAUACAAAUUCUAAGCUCAAAUCAUUGGCUCUUCAGUUUACAUCAAAUCUCGUUCAACAGUGCAGUUUAACUCCAAUUGUUCGAGUGGCUAAAGUAAUUUUAAUUGGAAUGAUGAAAUUGAUUACGGAAGAAGCUGAAUCUGCUCAUAGACUCAUGGCUUAUACCAUUAUUGGACAACUUGGUCAAAGAAUUCCAACUCUCGUUAAUAAAGAUCUCAGUUUAUUGCAAAAUUUCUUCGACAUGCUCACGACGACCGACGGUGAUUCACGGCGAACCAUAAGGGACGCUCUAAUUAGCAUGACAUCAGCAUUUGUACUUAAUAAAGAUGAUGAUGCCGGAUUGAAUUUAAUGGUGGGCUUUUUAGCAUCGCACAUUGAAUCUCCAGAAGUUCACGUCAGAUUCGUAGCAGUUCAUUAUUCGGCAACGGUUUUUCCUUCAAACCAUGCACCAUCUAGGUACCUUCUACUAUUAGCAGCUGGUGAUUCCAAACCAGAAGUUCAAGCUGAAGCUUUGAAAUCACUUUAUGGAACGUCAUAUAAAAAUGAGCGUUAUAAACAUUUUGCUAAAGAUAUUGCAUUACCGAAUUUUCCUGAAUUAAUGUCUUACAUUUAUUCGAAAGUUCAAGCAAGACUCAAUAGCAAUAAUAAAAUAACCGUGGGAAAUAAAGUUUUGCCCUUUAAUACUGCUACUUUUGUAGAGAUAAUAUCAUACCUCCGAAUUUGUUUGGCAAAAAGUUCUGAUAUAACCCUUCCAAACGAUUCUCUGGAACAUCCUUGCGAAUUCACACCGUUAAUUGGACGUUAUUUAGAAAAACUACUAAAAGAAAAUGCGGACAGUUUAUACCAUUAUGUAGAUAUUAUUGUUCUAUUCUGCCAGGUUACUGGAGACGAAGUGGCUUUGAGUGCUCUGCUCGAGGUUGUUGGAACGGUUCCAAAUCACAUCAUUGAACGAUAUUCAAAAGAUCAAUCAUGGAUCCAGUCGUUGUUAACGUCGUCCAAGGAAUAUGUGAGGCAUCUUGCGGCAAAAAUUUAUGCAAUUUAUGCGGCACAUGCAUCAACAAAUGAUUUCGAAAAUCGAAUUUCAAAAAUACUGAAAACUACAAAAGACAAAGUUUUAGAACAUCAACAAGGAGCUAUAUUAGCUUUGUCUUACUCUAUAGAAAGGAAAUUAACGUUACGGAAAUGUGAAGAUGUUAAUACGAUAACUACUUGGAACACCUACGUCGAUGCUGUAAAAACAAUUUGUGAUUUUCUCAAUGCAAGUAACCCAUUGCUUUUGAACGCAGCAAUUAAAGGUAUCGGAGAGAUCGGAAAAACUUUUUCUUUACCUUUGCCUGCUGAAGCCGAGAAAGCUACUAGCAAAAAAAGCGUCACGGAGAAGUUGUUUUCAAUUUUUAUGAACGUUAAAUCAAAUGCCAAGGUAAAAGAACGAGUUGCGCUGAGUUUGGGUCACAUUUGUGUAGGAGAAGAAUAUCCUCAUACAAAAAUGAUUGUCGAAAAAUUUAUAGAAACUGCUAAUGAUACAAGAGACAUUAACAUACAUUUGUCUAUUGGAGAAGCUUUAGUUUGUUGUAUUCAGGGACCUGCUUCGCCAGCAGCUAGAGAUGCAUGGAAGACACUUCCAUCUGAACAUAAUGUUCCAUUUAUGAAAGAAAGUGAUGAUUUGCUAGUAUUUGUCAUUGAUAAAUUACUGUCAGUUGCUAAUAAACCACAUCCAAACUCCCGUCAGGCCGUUUGCACUUGGUUACUAACAAUUGUAAAACACAAUGCCAAACGUGAAUGUGUAUUAAAAAGGUUGUUUGAUAUACAGAAUACGUUUAUGAAUUUCUUGUCUGAAAAUAGUGAUAUUGUGCAGGACAUUGCUUCAAAAGGUUUAUACUUAGUUUAUAAUAGCUGCUCAAAAAAUAGUAAAGCAGCUUUAGUCUCUGCAAUCACAAAUCAGUUAUUGCAUGGUAGAAAAGAAGUGCGAAAAGUUAAUGACAAUACAAAAUCGGUUAAUGAAGGAGAACUAGGAAAAUCGGCAACUGGAGGCAAUUUGACGACAUACAGGGAAAUAUGCUCUUUAGCGUCUGAUCUAAAUAAACCAGAAUUGACGUAUCACUUUUUACAAUUGGCUAACAACAAUGCCUUAUGGACUUCUAAGAAGGGAGCGUCGUUAGGAUUUUCUCAAAUCUCAACCUAUAUCAAUGAAGAUCUUUCAGCUCAAUUACCAAUAAUCAUACCAAAACUGUAUAUAUAUCAAUUUGAUCCAAUAACUAAAGUACAGCAAAGCUUUGCAAGUAUUUGGCGUGCAAUCGUACCUUCAACUGCAAAAGCUCUGGAACAAUAUCAUAACGAAAUAUUAGAUCAUAUCUCAGUAAAUCUAAUAAACAACCAAUAUCGUGUUCGGAUUAGCUGUUGCUUGGCCUUGACCGAUCUCGUAAAGUCAAGCGCUCCAAUUGAUUAUGCAAAAUAUGCUCCUAUAUUGUGGAAACAAUUAUUUAGAGUAAUGGAUGAUAUUCACGAGGGUACUAGACAAGAAGCUACAAAUACUGCUAAAGUGUUUAGUAGAAUUUGUGUCCGACAAUGCGAUGUAUCUCACGGAAAAUCAAGAGAAGAGCUUUUACAAGCAAUAAUUCCUGUGCUACUUGAAGAUGGUACCACGCAUUCGGAGCUGAUGGUUCGUUCGGUAGCUCUAAAAACUAUUUCACAACUUGUAUCGUCCGCUGGAAAUUUAUUGAAACCUUCUCUAGCGAUUUUAAUUCCUGCGCUUAUAAAUUCAAUCGGCGAUUUCUCUGAAAAUACACAAGUGAUGCAAUUGCAUAAUAUGAUGGCAAAUUCUCCCGAAAUGCAAGAAGCCAUCGAUGAGUCAACGGCUCAACAAACUAAAAAUCAAUUUUCUACCGAUACUAUGACGAAGUGUAUACAAUAUAUAGAUGGGCCUAUAUUAAAAGAACUAAUGCCAAAAAUUAUUGAUAUAAUAAAAUCCAGCCUGAAAUUAGGAACAAAACUAGCAUGCUCGAAUUUCUUAAUAAAAAUUAGUUUUUUUAUGAAGCAUGAGCUGCAACCAUAUGCCGGUAAAAUACUAGCAGCACUCAUCAAUGGAUUAACUGAUCGAAAUGCUGGAAUAAGAAAAAACAAUGCGAUAACAAUAGGUCAUAUUGUGGGGUGUGCAAAAGAAUCUAGUCUGGAGAAAUUAUUCAAUAUGUUAAAUACCUGGUAUAUGGAACGAGAAGACGACCCUAUUCGUUUGGCUAUAGGUCAAACUUUGCAAUCUAUCAAUAAUCAUAAUCAAGACGUUUUGAAGAAUUAUUCCAACAUUGUAAUGCCAUUAAGUUUUUUCGCUAUGCACGCAGAAAAAGUUGUAGGUGUAAACGAGAAAACGGUGGAAUUGUGGAGUGAAUUGUGGUCUGAAAUAACGCCUGGAACGGAAGGUGGUAUUCGACAAAAUUUAGAAGCUAUUACGAAUACUUUAAAUGCAGCUUUAGAAUCUCCUUCGUGGACUAUGAAAGCUCAAGCUGCUAACGCCGUAUCGACCGUCGCAACUAAAUUAGGGGCUGGAAUAGAGGAAAAAACUCGAACUUCUCUGUUAAACAUUUUAGUUAAUGGAUUGCAGGGAAGAACUUGGAAUGGGAAGCAUAGACUACUUAAUGCUUUAUCCACACUGGCCUGCAACAGCAAAGAAGCUCUGAAAAAUGAUCAGAAAUUGAAAGAACUGAUCAUUGAAACUUUAUAUCGAGAAAGCAAAAAAGACAAUCUCGAAUAUCGGCGCUAUGCUUUAGAGGCCUUUACUAACGUAUUACACGAGCUGGAUGAAGAUAGAUUUACACAAGUAUAUGAUAUUGCUCAAGAAGUUUUACCCAAAUUGACGAAAAAAAGUGAAGACGAUGAUGACGAAUCGGCAGAAGAGAAUAAGAAAAAGCGCGAAGACAAAAUCAAAUUGCAGGAAACUAUCUAUGAAGGUCUUGGUAAGGCUUGGCCGACUCGUAAAGAUACUCAAGAUCAGUAUUGCUUGCAAUUGGUGAUGCACUGCUUUGAAACAUUGCCUAUAAGUACUCGACCAGUGCAAGUUGCAAUUUUAACAACGCUGAAUCGUUAUGUUGAUAAGCUUGUUCUUUUAAGAAUUGAUUUCAGUCAAACAUCGGAGAAAGAAAAGGAAAUGUUGGAUUCAAUUUGUAGUACUCUUCUUAAAAUACUAAGAUACGCCAUCGGUAUUGCAAAGUAUACGCGAAUUAGAAAAGAAGCAUUGAAUAUUGUGAUGUCACUGUCAAAAAAACUGACGGAAACUCAAAAUAUUAAGCUACUGAAUUUUACAACCGCUUUAAUGAAAGGUAUGUUAAAUGAGCUGUCAAAGGAUAAUCAACCAGAAAUUAGAUCCAGGGUUGUUGAUAUAAAAGAAAUACUUAAAUUGUAAAUUUACAACAAAUAUUUAUGAAUAUGAACAAAUGUGAUUUUGAUCAAUGGUCGAAAAAAACGUCUUUUCCAUCUUUGUAAUAAUGUUCUUAAAUAUUUUAAGUAACAUUUCUUUUAUCUUUUCUUAUUAUUUUCUCUCACUUAAAAUAUUUUAAAUCAAAGAGAAUAUUGUGCAUAAUAGAUCAACUGUCAGUUUUAUAAUUACAUAAUUUUUAUUUACUACGAUUUGUUUAUAAACUUCGUGAAAAAUUGUCGAUAAUUUUGGAAUCGCGAAGAUGCAAUAUCGGCGAAACUUGUUUUUUUGCUUGUCUACAAGAAAUUAGUGGGAAGGAUUUAUUUAUAUUACAUUAUAAUGCAAUAAAAAUAUAUU